GAUCUGCACUUGGAGCCUUCGCACCCCGGCGGGCUGGGGAUAUCUACAUGCUGAUCCUCUCUGUUGCGGCACCGCAGCUCGUCCGGGGAGACCACCCGAAGGCGGCAAGAUGCUCCUCGCCCUCCUGUACUUCGCGCUGCCCUUAGCGGAUGUGCUCCUGUCCGCAGAAGUGAGCGGGCUGCCCGGAGGGGAUCGCCUCGACUGCGUGAGAGCCAGCGACCAGUGUCUCAAGGAGCAGAGCUGUAGUACUAAAUUCAGGACGCUGAGGCAGUGUGUAGCCGGCAAAGAGAGCAACUUCAGCCGGGCGACGGGCCUGGAGGCGAAGGACGAGUGCCGGAGCGCCAUGGAAGCUCUCAAACAGAAAUCUCUGUACAACUGCCGCUGCAAGAGGGGCAUGAAGAAGGAGAAAAACUGCCUGCGCAUUUACUGGAGCAUGUACCAGAGUUUGCAGGGAAAUGAUUUGCUUGAAGAUUCCCCCUAUGAACCAGUUAACAGCAGACUGUCAGACAUAUUCAGGCUAGCACCAAUUGUAUCAGUGGAGCCAGUGCUUUCAAAGGGGAACAAUUGCUUGGAUGCAGCCAAAGCUUGCAACCUAAAUGAUACCUGCAAGAGGUACAGAUCUGCUUACAUAACCCCCUGCACCAGCAGCACGUCUAAUGAAAUCUGUAACAAGCGGAAGUGUCAUAAGGCCCUCCGGCUAUUUUUUGACAAAGUUCCCCCCAAGCACAGCUACGGGAUGCUCUUCUGCUCCUGUCGAGACGUAGCCUGUACAGAAAGGAGACGGCAGACUAUUGUUCCUGUGUGUUCAUAUGAGGACAGGGAGAAACCAAACUGCCUGAAUUUACAAGAAUCCUGCAAGAAGAAUUACAUCUGCAGAUCUCGCCUUGCAGAUUUUUUCACAAACUGCCAGCCUGAGUCACGGUCUGUUAGUAGCUGUCUGAAGGAGAACUAUGCUGACUGCCUCCUCGCUUACUCGGGGCUUAUUGGCACGGUGAUGACACCAAACUACAUAGACUCGAGUAGUCUCAGCGUGGCCCCGUGGUGCGACUGCAGCAACAGUGGUAAUGACAUAGACGAAUGCCAGAAAUUUCUGAAUUUUUUCCAGGACAACACAUGCCUUAAAAAUGCAAUUCAGGCCUUUGGCAACGGUACUGAUGUGAAUGUGUGGCAGCCAAUCCUCCCUGUACAGACCACUACAGCCACAACUACAACAGCUUCCAGACUUAAAAAUAUGGGUUCAGAGACCACCAACAAUGAAAUACCAACUAAUAAUGAUUCGCCAGCAUGUGCAAACCUGCAGGUAAGAGAGACGUGUAAUUGCUGCAGUGCAUACAAGAAAAUUGUUCAUAUGUUUAGAGUCAUCUAUUGUUGCAUAAACGCAAU